GCGCUGCUGCGCGGGUCGGGCGCGCUGAUGGCGCGCGGCGCGCUGCUCAGCGCGGGCAUGCAGCUCGGCUACGACGGCUGCAAGACGGCGUCGAAGCGGUACGGGUUCAUGGACGAGGGCUUCGCGCUCCACGCCGCCGCGUCGACGGCGGGGGCCUUCGGCGGGUGCCUGUGCUCGACGCCCGCGGACGUCGUCAUGACGCGGUUCCAGGCCGCGGGCAUGGGCGGCGCGAACCCCUACGGCUCGUCCCUGGCCUGCGCCGCGGCCAUCCUCAAGGCCGACGGGCCCCUCGCCUUCUACCGCGGCUUCACGCCCUUCUUCGUGCGCCUCGCGCCCGUCUUCGUCGUCUCGCUCCCGCUGACGGAGCAGAUCCGCAAG